UCGAAGUCACUUGACCAUGAGGUCCAGCCAAGUCAAAUUCAUCACCUUAAGCUUGUUUCUGCUGGGCUCCCUUGUGCCAUUAAAAGCGCAAUUCCAAAUCGAUCUGGACAAGCUUGGGAAUUGUGCCGAUGUGGGAAUCAAAGCUGCCAGCGCCUUGGCCUUAAGAGCGGUUCCAUGUAUCAAAAGCCUGGCAACCUGUGCCAAAUUUGUUCCAAUGAAGACCAAGAAUCUGGACAUUACUGCUCUGGCGCUUUUGGCCUAUCAAUACCUGCUGAAGAUCAUCAACAACCAGAAAUGUCUGUUAAAGGCCCUCAAGGAAGCCUACGACAUUAUUUCUCCACAUUUUAGAAGGAUUGUUCAAAUGAAGUGUUUACCAUUUUGAUUGAUGAAAAGCUUUAAUCUUAACUGUGCAGAAUCAAUUUAUAAAAAAAAUAAUUCAUUUAUCUAUAAUAUAUGUGGAUGUAACAGCA